AUGACCCGAACCAGGGUGGUACGCGGCUUCGCUCCGCUGGAGGCGUGCCCGGUUGUUUUCAGCGAAUACGCAGCGGCACUGGGCCAAUACAAACUUGUUUUCGACGACCUUCUGGCAUGGGAAACCUGGGCAUACGACAUGGUGAAAAAGCCAGUAGUGGGUGUCAUUGUCACUCUGCCGUGCACUGCUAAGCUACCGAGAAACAAAGGAGACAUACACAAAACAAAAAUACGUAUCGCCAAACGUGUGGUUCGCUUACCAGGUUCGCGACAACAAAUCAUGGACAUUGAGUCUCAGAAUGUACACAACCAGUGUGGCACAUACGCCCUACUUCACUUGCUCAACAAUAUUUGUGAAAAUCGGCACAUCGAAAAUGAUUCCAUUCUCAGCUACAUAAGAGAGAAAACGUUCCAUGCCUCGCCGGGGGAAAGGGGAACGUUGAUCGAGAACACGCAUGAAAUCCAGGAAUUACACGCAAAAUUCGAACAGAAGGGACAGUCGGUCAUAACCAAUGAACAAGAGGAGAUCGCGUCGCACUAUGUAACAUUUGUGGUUGUGGAUGGAGAUUUGUAUGAGUUGGAUGGAGCAUUAGACUUUCCCGUAAAUCAUGGAAGAGCGGCACCAGAUGAGUUAUUGCAAAACCAAACAAUAUACGUUUUACCUCCAUAG